UCAUCGUCAGAAUUCAGCGCGGGAAACUUGUCGGUAGACUGUGGUAGCUGGUGAAAUAUAAUUUAAGAGUCUGACUUGCGGAUGGAUCCUUCAGAGGUAGAGUUCUUAGCUGAAAAGGAGAUGGUGACCAUAAUUCCGAAUUUCAGUCUAGACAAAGUCUAUUUGAUUGGGGGGGACUUGGGUCCUUUCAACCCCGGUCUGCCCGUGGAUGUGCCUGUCUGGCUGGCUAUCAACCUGAAGCAGAGACAGAAGUGUAGAAUCGUGCCCCCCGACUGGAUGGAUGUUGAGAAGCUGGAAGAGAUCAGGGAGCAGGAGAGGAAAGUAGGGAUGUUCACCCCUAUGCCCAGUCCAUACUACAUGGAGCUGACCAAGUUACUGUUGAACCAUGCUUCUGACAACAUCCCCAAGGCCGAUGAAAUCCGGACGCUGGUGAAGGACACGUGGGACACGCGCAUUGCCAAGCUCCGCCUGUCCGCAGACAGCUUCGUCAGCCAGCAGGAAGCACAUGCCAAGCUGGAUAACCUGACCCUGAUGGAGAUUAACACAAUCAGGCAGUUAUUCCUGGAGUCCUUGAACCACAUGUACAAACUGCGCACAAACAUGCAGCCUGGAAAAGACUCCGCCAAAUCACAGGACUUUUAGGUGCCGUCCACCCCCCCUCGUGAAAGACUGACAGUCCGUUCUCCCAGGCCUUUGUCUUUGCAAUUGGGCCUGUAUGACAUGAACCAGGGACGUCCUUUUCCAGAAAUGUUUGGGUUUACCAGUGUAGCCAACAGGUAGAGACAAGUAACUAAGAGCCGAGACUGUGGAAGCUACACAGUCCCACACCUGUCGAGUCCUGAAUGUGGAAAUGUCUGCAGCCACAGACACUGGAGAAGACAGUGACUCUGCAACACCUGCUAUUAUUAAUGGAAAUAAUAAUAAUAAUGAGUGCGUGGUUCACACUCCAGUUCAGGGAGCCAGGCCUGGGCUGAGGAUAGGCUUAGGAUUUGCUUGGUUGCUAUAUGCAAAUAAAGUGCCCUGCGCCCGUACUGGGUGUGCUUAUUGUAAGAAGGUCUCCAUUUCGCCCGGUGACUGUGUGUGUUGCCGGUAGUGUGGGGGUCAGUAUAGGGUUUGUAAUCCCUCUGUCAGACUUAAAGCACUUAAACAGGAUUUUUAUUUCCAUCUAUCACUUGUGUGGUCUAGUGGAUUUUUAAUUAAAAAGAGUCCAGAGUACCCAUUAAACGAAUCUGCAAGGCACCCUAGAAAAAUGCUACACUAAUUUAUGCAUGUGUGGGUUUUAAGCUCAAUAGUCAAAUUCAAUUAUUUUUAGCCUGAUGUGAUAAGAUCAUUGAUAUUAUUAUUGGAAGUUUUUUGAUUAAAUGCACUUAUCCCUGAUAUACCAAUGGUUCAUUUCUAUUUCUGCAUGCCAUCAGGUAGGUGUUUUCCAAUGGUUGGCAAUAAUUAUAAUGCAUUAAGAAUAUUGUGCAUAAACCUAAAGGAAGAUGCUGCACACUUUAAUCUGAUGUGUCCACUAGAGGGUGCCAAAGCAGAGCCUCAAACUGGAGUUUUUUUAUAACUACUGUGAGGUUAUUGUUUGAAUCCAACAUGAUGUAAGACUCCCUUAUAGGUGUUUUUUUCUUUCCUUUGAUGGAAAAACAAUAUGAAAACAACAUGCACGCUUAUUGUGCUCUGUAGGAGAGCCAAUCUUGGUGUCAUUUUGAAACUGAUAAAACUGCAUAGUACAUGCCUGUAUUCAGAACCCACCUCUGAGCUGAGUGCUACAGGAGAGUGCUGGAAACCCCAUGAGGUGCUGCAAUGGUUGUGCAUGGUUUACUUGGUUUCUUCAGUUCUGUAGUCUGAUUAUUUUGUCUUUAAGCAAAGUGAUGGUCUGAUGCAUCCUGUCUGGAAUACAUACUGCGGUGACUGAGAAAUAUCUUUUAUAGUCAUGUGUGGACAUAGAGAAAUACAUAUGGAAAAAUCCCCUGA